AUGCCCAUCAUCUCCAUGAGUAUAUCUAUCCCCGUCCCAGACUCAAACCCACCCGGUCUAAUUCAACCAUCGGACAGGAUUGGCCAGUGGAUGCCAGCCGACCACGCAAGCCACCAAGAAUGGCUCAGCGGCAUAAUUGACCAAGUUGACCGGACGGAUAGGCCUCUCCACCCUGUUCUAGAAGAGUUCAAGCAGCUGAUCGAAACCAACACCCGAGUCUACAUGCUCCUAGCGGGCAUGUUCAAAGAAAUCCCGCACAAGAAACCAUACAGCCAAGACCCAACUGGUACUGCACAGAUCCGCGACUACAACCACUUUCUGAAGGUCCUCAAUCACCUCCUCACGUCUGCUCCAUCAUGGACCGACAAAGCCCACCGAGUCGGCCUGGUCGGCCUGCCCAUCAACGCGGUCCUCGACUGGCCAAUGGGCACCCCCAGUGGCUAUGCUGCAUUCUUGGACCCCGCAAUCAAUGCCAUGCUCAAGAAAGUUCUCAAUGCAUGGGGAGAGUUCUUGAGAUCUCCCGCGUCGGCCGAUGUCCUGAAUAACGCGUCCCAUGGUUGGUUCGGCGAGACCGGCCGCCGGGACCUCACAGCCGCAGCGAAAAUCGGUCCCACCGCGGCGGAAACCCUGGAAUUCCACCAUAUGUUCGAGUGUGAUCCAUCGGCGCCGAAGUAUGGCUUCCAAUCAUGGGACGACUUCUUUACCAGGCGCUUUUCUGAAGGUAUGCGCCCGGUCGCUGAACCCGACAACGGCCGGGUGAUUGCCAACGCAUGCGAGUCGAGACCAUACCGAAUUGCCCACAACGUUCGUGCGCGGGAUCAAUUCUGGAUUAAGAGUCAGCCGUACUCUGUACUUGAUAUGCUAGGCCAUGACGAGCUCGCUGCUCAGUUCGUGGGUGGUACAGUCUACCAGGCAUUCUUGAGUGCGUUGAGCUAUCACCGUUGGCAUGCGCCCGUGGGCGGCAAGGUUAUCAAAGCCUAUGUGGUUGAUGGCACCUACUAUUCCGAGCCACUGUUUGAGGGUGUUGGCAAUCCACGCGCUAACCGGCAGGACAUUGACCUUGCCGGGCAGGUCAUCUCGCAGGCGUACAUUACGGCAACUGCCACCCGGGCGUUGAUUUUCAUUGAAGCAGAUGAACCGUCGAUCGGCUUGAUGGCGUUUAUUGGGGUUGGAAUGGCAGAAGUUUCCACCUGCGACAUCACCGUCAAAGAAGGUGAUCAUAUCAGGAAGGGGGACGAAAUCGGCAUGUUCCACUUUGGUGGAUCUACGCACUGUCUGCUGUUCCGAAAGGGGGUCAAGGUCUCUGGAUUCCCUCAGCCAGGCAUGGAGGAGAAUAUGCCAGUUCGCAGCCAUCUCGCGACGGUAUCUUGA